CACAAGGUAGGUGUUUUCUGUGCAAAAGGUCACUUGUGUAUAAAGGAGGCCCCAGCAAAGGGGUUGAAUUUUGGGGGCUCAAUGAGGGUGCAAAUGGCCAAUGCAAUGCUCCUGUAAACAGUGAGGAGUGGGUGGCGAGGGAUGGGUGUGCAGAGGGUCAGGUACUGCAAAGGAGCAGGGGCUUAAAUCGACAUGUGUGCAAAGUGGAGGUGUGCACAGAGUGGGGACUUUGGAAUGGGCGGUGUGGGAGUGUUGGUGAGGGGACAGUGCGUUAUAUCAAAACUUGAACGUGUCAAAGGUUGUAUUUUAGGUCCCAAUGCGGACCGAAGGCAUGCAAGUGAGUGUGGCACUGGAUGCCAGUUCCUCAGUAGGCCAAGGGCAUACGAGUGUGCAAAUGAGUAUGCUAGAUGGGUGCAAAAACACCAGUCCCCAAAGAGCAAUGAGUGUGCCAGAGAGUGCACGUGAAAUGUGCAGAGAGAGAGCCCUGCUCCAGAACUGGAAGCCAAAUCCGGAAUGUGCAAAGAAGUGUCAGUAAGGCUGGGUGGGUGCCAAGGAUGAAGCAUAUCAAAGGGUCCGAGUGCACAAAAGUGGCACAGGUGCCAGACCAGAGCCCAGGAAAAUGCAUGUGCAGAGGGGGUGAGUGUGGGGAGGCCUGGGGGUACACUGAGGGGAGCGGGCUGGCGCAGACGGGAGCGCACGGACGAGAAGAGGUGAGGCACACAUGGGUCAGUCUGCCAAGAUGGCGAUCGUGUCUUGGGUGGGGUAGGCACAUGCUCAUGAAGGGGGCAGGUGGAGCUGGGGGCAGGGCUGCCUCCUGCCUGCACACUGGCUGGCUCCUAGUCCCAGAACAGCUCUGGCAGGGAGCAGGGAGCAGGCGAGAGGCCCGGGAAAGGGAACAGGCUGCCAGCCCACCCGCCUGCAUGGGGUGUGUGAGGGGGCUGGGCACGCGUGUCCUGCCAACUGCAGCUCGCACCGCCUGCCAGGCCAGGCUCCUGGACACUCCCUUCCCGCUUUUCUCCUCCCACCUCCCUCCUUCCUCCAUAGUCCUCCAGCUUCGGAUCCACAGACGGUAUCAGGACCCAAGCCUCUCAGGGUCCUUCAAUGCCUCUCCAGUCUUGGAUCCAGAUCCGUGGGUCUCAGCCACAGACCCUGCUCUGGCUCCCAGAGCAUCGGCCCCAGUCUCGCCCUUGGGCCCCACCCCUUUCCUCUUCAGCCCUGGGGACCUGCUCCAUGAAUCAGAAUACCACCCUUGGAGCUCUCUGAAGGACUCUCCCAAGAUCUCCCAACAUUGGAGAGAGCCCAAGCCAAAGGGGAACUUGACCUACCACCAGUACAUGCCCCCAGGGUGGAGACAAGGGUCCAGGGUAGACUCCCAGGCCAAAGGGUUGGCCUUGGGUCCCCCUGGACCACCUCUGUGGGAAGGGACAAACUCACAGCAGCCACCUCCCAGGAUGAAGCCCACUGCCCACACUUCCUCCCCACCUGGAGUCCCCAGCCCCUCGCCCCCUCCACACAAGUUGGAACUUCAGACCCUUAAGCUGGAGGAGCUGACGGUCUCAGAGCUCCGGCAGCAGCUGCGCCUGCGGGGCCUCCCGGUGUCGGGGACUAAGUCGAUGCUCCUGGAGCGCAUGCGCGGCGGCGCCCUGCCCCGCGAGCGGCCGAAGCCGCGGCGCGAGGACGGUCCCUCGGGUGCUCCCUGGCCGCGCCUCAGGCCCAAGGCUCUGGGAGCCGUCCGGCGGCAGGGCUCGCUCAAGCCGAGCCCAAACUCUCACCCUCCGCCUCGGGCACGUGCCUCGGACACCCGUGCUACUGCUGCGGUCCCGACCCCGGCUUCCGCUCCGGCUGCGGCUCCAGCACCGACUCCUUCCUCAGCACUGCCCACAGCGGCCCUGACUGUGGAGGAGGAACUGCAGGAAGCCAUCCGCAGGGCGCAGUUGCUUCCGAACCGGGGCAUUGAUGACAUCCUGGAGGAUCAGGUGGAGCCUGAGGACCCGCUGCCCCUCAUCCCCCUGGACUUCCCCGGCUCCUUCGACGUGCUGUCCCCCUCCCCGGACUCUGAAGGCCUCUCCUCUGUCUUCUCUUCCUCGCUACCGUCCCCCACAAACUCCCCGUCCCCCUCUCCCAGGGGCCCCACAGACUCCUUGGACUGGCUGGAGUCUCUGAGUGGAGGUCCCCUGCUAGGCUGUGGUCCCCCAGCCCCCAGCAUCUUCUCUGCUGACUUAUCUGACUCCAGUGGAACCCGGCUGUGGGACCUGCUGGAGGAUCCAUGGUGAUGGAUGCUGGGGUUUCCAGGGACGGAGAACUGGUGGGGAUGGGAAGGUCACCGAGACAAACUCCCAAAGGAGGGGGUGGGACAACCGGCAGAGCCCCUCCCACCACAGACACGGAAUCAGAGAGGACUCUCAUCCCCCCCAGGCCCCGAACUGCUGCGGACAUGCCAACCGCCUGACUCCCGCCUGCCUGACCUCCAUAUGAUCCCCUCCAUGGUUGUGUGGUUGGGGGCGGGGAGGUGUCAUUUGCUGCGGGCCAGGGCAAACAAGCUGCUUGCUGCUUCCUUCAGAGACCUCAUGGAUGUCUUUGUUCCCACCUUCUCCCCUCCCAUGCCACCAACUAGAUGGGAGUCUGGAAGGUGGUCUGUGUUUUUUGGGUGCAGGAGAGGGGGCAGGGAAGAGUCAGGAGGGAGAAUAGGGAGCCAGACCCUUGGCUUCUGGUUGGAAGUGAGAAUAUCAGAAGCGUCAUGUCUGAGGUCAGAUUCUCUUGGAAGCAGAGCCUGAGACAAGAUUCGUGUGCCCAUGAUUUAUUAAAGAAAUGCCCUGAGGAGAAACCAAAAAAGAGCGGAGGAAACCAGACAGUGAAGGGGAAGAAGACUAUCAAGAGUAUGGCUUCAGGUGAAGUCCCAACCUCUGCGUGAUCCCAUGGGGAGCUCUGGAGGAUAAAUUAAAUUGCAGGGUCUUUCUUACUCUGAGGCAAAAGGAGCUAGGCUUUUUUUUUUUGUGGGGGGGAGCUAGGCUUUUGAGGCAGAGGGAGAUUCCUAUUUGGGUUUCUUAUUGCUGAAUAACAAGCCACCCCCAAACUUGGAGUCUUAAAAUAAUAACUAUUUAUGAUCACUCACAACUUUUUUUAAAAGAUUUUAUUUAUUUUUAAACAGAGAGACAGUGAGAGAGAGAGCACAAGCAGGGAGAAUGGGAGAGGGAGAAGCAGGCCUCCCGCCGAGCAGGGAGCCUGACGUGGGGCUCGAUCCCAGGACCUUGGCGUCACGACCUGAGCCAAAGGCAGACGCUUAAUGACUGAGCCACCCAGGAGCCCUGAUCACUCACAAUUUCAUGGGUUGACUGGCUUAGCAAGGCAAUUCUUUGGCAUCAUAUGACUAGGGCUGCAGUCAUCAUAGUGUCCAAGUGGACUGGACCAUCCAAAAUGGCUCAGACAUGUCUGGCGCCUUGGUAGGAAUGGCUAGUAUGCUGGAGCCAGCCGGGCUGUGGUCUCUCCGUCAGGGUAUCUGGACUCCCUACAUGGUAGCUCAGGGUCCUCCAAAGCGAGCAUUACUGGAGCAGGAAGCAGAAGCUGCCAGUCUCAUAAAGACCAAGCUUGGAACUGGCCCAGUGUCACCUUCACUACGCUCCAUUGGUUAAUGCAAGUCGGGCUGGCAGAAGAUGGGGAGGGGGCUACAAAGAUGUAGGAAUCUUGGAGGCAUGGUCAUUGGGGACUAUAUGUGGAGACUCCACUACACCCCUCUCGUCAGUCAUGAAGAGAGGGUGGGACAUAGACUGCCGGGCACCUUGAACCCCAGGGCAGUCCUGGGAAGAAGGUCACAGAGGAAGCCCAUUAGCAGCAAAAUCUUGUAAAAUGUAGGUUUUAUUAUUCAGGUGUGGGGAAGCCUAUAGAUCAGAAGGACCGCAAUUGAAAAGAUCCUUUGUUGGGGCACCUGGGUGGCUCAGUUGGUUUGGUGGCUGACUCUUGAUCUCAGCUCAGGUCUCAAUCUCAGGGUCAUGAGUUCAAGCUCCACAUUGGGCUCCAUGCUGGACAUGGAGCCUACUUAAAAACAACAACAAAAAACCCCCAAAAAACCAAAAAAGAUAGUUUGUUAUUCUCACGGAUCCCCAAAGAAGGGGGUGUGCCAAGCCAUGCACGGCCACCUGGGGAAGUGCCAAGGUAGUCAGGAGUCGGGGGAGAGGGGAGCCCUGAGCAAGAGUCUUUGUUGUAGUUUCUCAGUGAGGGAACAGGGGAGGCAGGGUAAGUUGGCUUAAGAUUGUCUAGUAUGAAUGAUUUCAGCUGGCUCUGGGGUGUAGGGACCAUCCCUAGUUGUCUGGAACGUGGUCCUGCGGUGAUGAGGCAGAGGAAUCAUGGCCUGGAGGAAUAUAAAGCUCAUAAAGGAAAUGGUUGGGGGUCCGAGCUCUGGACUGGUUGGUUUGCAUAUGCAAAGCAUGCUCCUGGGUGAGUCCUUUAUUAUCUCUGGGAAUUGGCUAGCCCUGGGAGGGGCAGUCCCUCCAGAUGUCAAAGCACCAGAAAUAUGGGAAAUAAAAAGCCAUAAUGAAUGCAGAGAGCACACAGAAGAUGGGGGGUGGGGGAGGCUGAGUGCACAGAGCCAGGAAGAGGGAUCUAGAUCUAUCUGAGGGCACCUGGGUGGGCCAUCCACGUAUCCACUACAGGUGGAAAAGGACAGCAGAUCAGUGACGUGCGACAGUACCCAGAGCCAGUGACUGCCUCUCAUCUGGCUGUCCAUUUGCUCAUGGGUCCAGUGAGGAUGAGAUGUUCACUGAGCCCUACAGCCCAGUGAGGAUGAGAUGUUCACUGAGACUUCCCAUGAGCUGGACCUGAUGUGGGAGACAUGCUGACAAAUAAUCACCCUUAUGAGCUGUGGAUCCACGAUUCUAGUUCCUCCAUGGGCAUUAGAGAGUCAUGAGAGAACAGGUAAGGGAGGGAGAGAUCUUUACCGUGAAGGAAAGGUAUCUUCUGACCAGUCAGGUGGGAGGUGUCAGAUGGGCACUUUAAAUCAGGUUCAUGAGUCCAUAGCCUGUGCCCUCAGAGUUGAAAAAACAGAGCCUCAGUCUCUGCUCUGGUGAAGCUCAGACAUUUGCACAGAGAGAGUUCCAGUGCAGGGUGAUAAGAAUUUUCACGGCAGAGGGGCCACGACUCCUAGAAAGUACCAGAGGGCGCCUGGGUGGCUCAGGCGGUUAAGCGCCUGCCUUCGGC